AUGGAGGGUCUCGAGGACGAAUUAGAUCUUCACUAUCACAAGGGCCUGAAUCCCGACGUCUACUACCGUUGUCCGACUCUUGAAUCCCUUGAAGGUGCUCUGCGCAAUGAGGUGGACAAGAACUCCGCCAGCUUCAUCCCCACACAUGUCGUCACAGAGUUCAUCUUUGCCGCUGCUUCAACCAUCACAGUUCCCGUGACCCAGCAACAGAGUCUUGACGCACUGAUACAGCCCACCGAUUAUGCCCAAAGCAUCGCCGUCGAAUAUGCGCUGUGUCAGGACAUUGACGGGAAAGACCGACUAAAGGUGCAGCGAGCAAUUGCCAGAUCCAUUAUUGAAGCCAUCCAGGAGACAGACGGGUUCAAGUACACUGAGCGCUCCGCCCAAAACAAGGAGGGUGGCGAUGGCGCGAGACUCAAGUAUGUCUGCCUAGACAGUCUGCAGAACCACAAUCGCAAAACCAACCAACAAAAAAACAUGUCUCAAAACGGCCAUGCAAGUGAAGUGGAAGUCAAGAAAGGACAGGCAGGGCUGCCAACUUACGACUGCGAAGGCGCUAUCCAUGUCAAAUUCUCCCUCCAGCGACAAGCCAUCAAUGUCGUCUACAAGCAUAAUCCCAUUCAUACCACUCAUCAGAACGAUGACAGUCUUCCCGCUCUCGCCACGAACGAUGAUGGCGGUCCGGUAAUCGACGUUGCAAGCGAAAAGAAACCGCGCAAAAGACGCAGCAAAAAGGCCGACGCGCAAGUGCAAGAUGAGUUCAUCGAUGGAGAUCUCGACAUGUCAACAUCGCCAGAAGCGCCAAAGUCGUCAGUCAAGAAGACGCGCAAGAGGAAGGCGGCGGUAGUCGCCCACAGCAGGUCGCAAGACGUCCACCAAGAAGAACAAAAAGGCUCAACUGCCCGCAUCUCCCACUAG